GCUCAUCCAGUAGUUUUCCAUCUGUUUUCUGUGCUGCCUGAAUCACUGCAGUCGUCUUAACGAGGCGUAAACUCCGCUUCAAAAUGACUCGAGUGUUUCCAGAUGCUGUCAAAGCCUUUGUUGUGAUCUGUGGGAAAACACUGAAUUCCCACCAGGCCUUUUUGGAUCAUCUCUCUCGUUCGCCCAACUUCCAUAAAGUGACCUCUGUGGAGGACAGUAACGUCAUCAUUGCUUUUGCUCCAGUUGUGUCUCGAGCUGGAACUGACAUUGAAGCAGCUCUUCGGAAGAUUAAAGCAAUCUCAGCCACCCAGUCUGUCGUUCUAGUGGUGCUCCACCACACAACUGAGAAGGAUCCAGUCGUCCCGAACAGCAGCCGGAGUGUUGACAGGAGUGACGUGUUCACUGUAGACUGCCCGUUUAAUGAAGACCGAGGGCUGCUGAGCUGUCAGCACAAUGACGAGGCACUGAAAGCAGUGAAAGAGCAUCUGGGACUAGAGGAUUCAGCUACAGGGGUUUGGUGUGCACCCUGUUUCAGUCCUACCAAGAAGGAUCCUGGAGAAACAUCGCCAUCUCCUGGACAAGACUUGAACAGUAGCAGGAAUCAUGCUCCUUCUGCGUGGCUGCGACUGUGGCUGUGGCUUACGCAGAGGCCUUGGGAAGUGUUUUUAUGGACAUCUGUCUUGGUGAGCAUCAUCCUGAUUUGCAGCCUCACCACUCCGGAGUACAUUCACGCCGUCUGGUUUAUUCCCUGGAUGCUCCUUCUCUUGGUGGUUCUCCUGGAGAGGCUUGGCUAUGGAAAGUGGAAUCUCCUGAUUAUUGUUAUUGUGAACAUGGUAGUGAUUCUACUCUCCUUCACUGUCACUAAGAACCAAAAAAGCCAGAGUCAUGCACCUCUUAACCGGUCUAGUGUUUAAAAGACAGAAACAGACAAUAUUGCUUCACUUGCUGAAGACCUCAUAUAACCCGAUGAUCAAAACAUCAUCCACUGUUAGAAAUGAAAUACAUUUUUCACUCGUCAAGGUACAAACUAUGUAAAAGGUACAGCAGUGGUUUUAAGGUCCGAUUGUGAAGCUUAAAUCAGUUUCUCCAGGUGAAAAGUCGG